AUUUUAGAGUAAAAAUAAUUUCGACCAAGCAUUUAUUUUCCAUUUCUGCAUAAUUUUUUGGAUUAAAUUGAACAAAUAACCUCAUUGUGGGGCUGUGCUUUAAAAACAGCACAUUCUGAUUGAACAAGUCUAUACGGCAUUGGAUUUUGGAAUGAUGAACAACCAACACGGAAGUGAGCACGUUCCACUCAAAACGAAACCAAAUGCUACUCGCACUGAGGCUAUGGAAAGGGUGUCCGAUGUCGUUGAAAUAAAGAAGGAGCCAAUGGUCAAGGAGGAACCAGAAGAUCAUGGCGAAGUAUCUAUGGUAUCGGUGCCACGAUCAAGCUACACUGGCUCUACAGUUGAAUUCGAUGUCGAAAGAGCAAACAACGAGCUGAGCAUCGAAGAUUUGUAUUCAACGCAUGCCAAACUGGAGCUCAAAGCAGAAGCUGAAGCCGAUAGCAAGGUUGAAUCGACGCAAAAAGGAAGCAAGCAAGCAGGUGGAAAUGACACUUCGAAGGGAAACACUGCGAAGAAGCAACAGGCGAAGAAAGGUAGUGCGGCGAGGCCAAGGUCAUCGGUUGGAAAGUCGAAGAAAGGGGAAAUUGGAUUGAAAGGCAGAGCCAAAGCGUUGAUCAAUGCUGCGCAUAGAAAACAGUCUGCGGGAAGAAAUACCAAGAAACAGCACAAGUGCCCGACGUGUGAUUAUGUCGCAUCACGGCCAUGCAAUUUGAAGACGCAUAUGUUGACGCACACUGGCGAGAAGCCGUUCCCAUGCAAAAUCUGUGACAAACGGUUCAGAAGAAAAUACCAUCUUCAAAAACAUUUGAAAACACACACCGUUGAAUAUCCGUUCAGCUGUUCAGUUUGUCUCAAGAG